CAAAAAAAACGAGCAUUAUGUGAAAGGAGAGAGGUGUGGUUUGUUGUUAUCGACAGAGAAAUGGUGUGUAGUGUAGUGGUGUCGCCCAUUCAUUCAGUGGCACUCCGUCCCAAAAAUAUGGACAGCAACAGUUAAAACGGGGAAUACAAUGGCAAAGGGGGGUAUGUUUCAGAAAGAAUCGCUACUCUGUUGUUGACAAUGUAUACCAGCUUUUGACACUUUUCUCCAGUAGUGAAACAAAUGGCAUGAGUGACAAGAGUGGAAUGCCAGUUGUAUGGCGAUGCUCAAUUGUGGAUAGUAACGCAAAUUUAAAUACUUCACAAUAAAGUUGUCCUUUGUUUACGAAUGUGUCAGUUUGGUUAUUUACAAUUUCCGAAUAGCGUCAGAGAGAGUUACUGAAUGUUUUCGGGCUGUGAUUACUGUAUUAAUAGGUUAUGUUUUGUGGGCGUUGCAGGCGUGUAACUUGAGGAAGUGGGGGGUCGGGUUGAGUGCUGUGGAGUGCAGAGGAUGACCAGUUGGGCCGAGAGGAUGCACCGGAGAGCCACCACCCUUGGGAGUGUGGUUACUUCUUGCGGCCAUGGAUCUGGUCCAUAUCCUCACAGGCUUGAAAAGGUCAAAUUCGGAGUUCCUCUAGACGAAGUCUGCAAGAAUGACAUUCCUGGCCCCCUUCUCGUAUUAAUACUUAAAUUGAACAAGGAAGCACCGUAUAAGAAAGAUGUUUUCCGAGCACCAGGCCACCAAGGCAAUAUGAAAAAACUGAUACAUUUUCUCCAAACUGGCCGGUUAGUCAACAUGGACAACUUCUCAGUGUAUACAAUUGCGUCCGUUCUCAAAAAGUUCCUGCGAAAGCUACCUGGAGGAAUAUUUGGGCGUGAGGGUGAACAGCGUUUAUUUACUGUCAUUGACAUGGGAAACAAGGAAGAGCAACGAGAUGAGAUACACAGGCUUAUUACAUCACUUCCUGAACAUACACAGCGACUGCUUGUUCUUCUUUUUGGAACAUUUCGUGUCAUUGCAACUAAUGCAGAGCGUGCUCGCACUGGUAUGACGUCAGAAGCACUUGGCGUUUCUGUUGCCCCUAGCUUCUUUCAAAGUUGUGUUAGUGAUGGAAAAACAGCAAAAAUGGAAGAUGUUAUGAGGUUCAAGGUGGCAACAAGAAUAAUGAAAUUUUUAAUCGACAAUUUUGGAAUUAGCAAUUUGUUUGGACGUGAAAACUAUGAAUUUUAUGCACGUAUCACAGGAAGGAUUUUAAAGGUUGAAGACGACUGGAUAUUUAGUUUCCGUUACCCUCCAGAUACACUAGCAUCACCUAUAUCGCAUCAAGAAGAAAGCCAAUCUACUCCUGCCCUGAUACAUGUGCCAGAGGGGUUUGACUCCACAGCACCAUCCACCUCCCUUGGCAUUAUUCCAGAAAAUAAUCUUCUCGAGAGCUAUACAAGACUCUCUAUAAGCCUUGAAGAAAAUGGUCUCUUUAAGGGUUCAAGCCGUUCAUCUUCAAGUAGUGCUACUACAAGCAGACAUAUGACACUAGAAGAACUUCGAGCAGUGAAUCGAUAUGCAGAGAGCACUAAAAGCCUUUCCUACCUCCCUCAGGUGAGGUCAGAAGAUGGAAGCCAGGGAGGGGGCGGCAGCACAGAAAGAAGAAUACCAAGGAAAAAUUUGGACCAGUUAAAGAGCCUACACAAUCCAGUUGGUGUUAUAGUAAUGAACUUUAUACACAGAUUGAAAAAUCAAACCUCAUUAGGAAAAAAAGAAUAGCUUUCUAUGACCUCAUCCAAAGGAUGAAUCCUAACAGAUUGACAAAAAGACUGUUCACUUAUUUUGGUAAAUUACAAAUCGGUAACACAUGGUGAAAAGAAUUUGGAAGGGACAUGGAUGAAAUCUGAACUGCUCCAAGAUAUAUUGAGGAAAAAAAUUGCAAGGUUUCUAUGAAAAACCCAAGAAGAAGAAUGAAGCUACUUAGACAGAAAAAAGAAGAGAGAAACAUUGUAAAAUGGAGAGAGAAAUUUUGAAGAAAAGAAAGGAGAAACAAUUGAAAUAACCACAGUCCUUAGUCGCUUAUGUGUACAAGGAAUUACUAUAUGUGAUCAUCGGUUCAGAAAACUACUUCCAGUGAAUGAAGAUGAUUUGGCAGUACUGCCAAUGAGAUAUGUUUGAAUGCACAGGAUCACAUUAUGUUUUUUGUAACUUGGCACAGAGAUUUCUGGCAGUUGUUGGAAGUGACUAAUUGUGGUUCUAAGUUCAGAAAAACUUACUUGUUUGUGUUUUUAUCACUUCAAAAGAAGAAAAGCUGUGUAAAUAGCUCAAGUUCCUUUUGUCAUGCCUGUGGGUAGUUAACUCUAAAAUUGCAAAAAUGGAAACUUAAUCUUCUUGUAAAGAAGUGUUAUGAACUUAAUUUUGGGUGUAAUGUUAGCAAGAGUAGCACAAGAAUUGGGUAGCGCACAUAUAUUGUCAACCAUGUACUACCCUCCUGACCAGCUCACCAAUGGUUAUGGUGGAGACAUCCAGUUUUUGGCUGCACCCUUUUUUUCUCCAAUUCAACCCAACUUCAAAUUGCUCAAAAUAACCCGUUAUUAAAUAAUCAAUUUUCAGUUUUUUAUUGCUGUUAUUUUCAACAAUAAAUGUAGACUUUGGACAAAAAUCGAAAAAAUAAAAUCUAAUGAAAGUUAAGGACUAGGAGAUCUCAAUUUCUUUGGGGUUGUGACUGUGGAAGAAAUCUGUCUUAGUGCCACCAGUAAAGAUGGCAGUGUUUAAAGAGAUAGGCAAAGAAAUGGCAGGAGUGAAAGAUAACAAGUCAUUGACAUUUCUGCAUCGUCUCUUUUGGAUGGUAUCAAUUUUUCAACCUGAAGCAAACACAAAUUUUCAGGUUCAAUUAUCAUCCCGAGUUUAUGGCACAUCAGUAAAAUUAUUGGUAUAUCAAUCAAAUUUACUUACUCUUCCAAGGGACAUUGUGAAUGUUUUCUCAUUAUAUGAUGUCGCCAGUUUGUUGUGCCUCUUCCCAUUUUUAAUCUUUUGAAGCAAAUGGAGAAAUGUAUUUUAUUGCUGUCACAAUUUGUAAAAUGCUUUGUAACUAGGGAUGGUGCCACUCUGCAAUAAAAUCGAUGUCUGGCAAUGAUAUUGAGAAACUACCAUGUAGACCAGCUGGGAGGGUGUCUUGCACACUGCACACUGCACACAAACGUGUACCAUCUAAUAGGCCUCACCAGGUGGCAGUGGGUGCAUUAUUCUCUCAGAAAUGCAACGCCUAUUGUUAUGUCAUGUAUUUGUUGCCAGCUUCUGUUGGCAUUGUUUUGAAAAUAGCAUUCUGUUGGCAUUGUUUUGAAAAUAGCACUGUCAAUUUUCCCAUUUGCUAUAAUAAUCCAGUAUUU